ACCGAGGAGAAACAAAGAAGGCGAAAGAACAGAGAGGAAAAACACAACAUCAUAUUGCUCCUUGAAAUUGGAAUCUUUGGAUCUUCCUUGUUUAAUUUUCUCUUUCCUCUCAUUAAUUUAAUUUGUUUGUUGCCGUUAUACCUUUUACUCUACUAACUCCUACUCUCCCAUUUGGUGGGUCUCACUCAUUUUCUCUCUCCAUUGAAGUAGUAGCAAGCUCUACUUUUCUCUGCUCAAACUCCCUUUUAAUGCUUCUUUUACCCAUUAAUUUCCUCCAUACUUUUCCUUAGGAAAAAAAAAAGGAAUCUUUUUGAGCUGUCAAAAAAGUAAAUUUUUAUUAGUCUAAGGAUUUCCCAGAAGUUAGAUCUUUUUUAAUUUUUCCCGGAAAAAAUUAUGCUAAUUUGAGCAUGAUUACAGUAGAGUUUUGAGAAUUUUAAUUGGGUUUUUUUUUUUAAAAAAUUAUUAUUUUAUUUUCUCUCUUCAGAUUUUGGGUUAGUUUAAUUGAUUAAUUGUUCUUCAUGAAGCUAAUGAAGUCCAGUACUCGCCUUGAUUCUAUUGUCUUCCAGCUCACACCCACUAGAACCAGGUGUGACCUAGUGAUAAAUGCUAACGGGAAAAGUGAGAAGAUUGCAUCUGGUUUGCUGAAACCUUUCUUGGCUCAUUUGAAGGCAGCUGAGGAGCAGAUAGGGAAGGGAGGAUAUUCUAUUGUCCUUGAACCAAAGAAUGGAAGUGAUGCAGCAUGGUUUACGAAGGGAACAGUGGAAAGGUUUGUUCGUUUUGUGAGUAGUCCAGAGAUCCUUGAGCGAGUCUACACUAUAGAAUCAGAAAUCUUACAGAUUGAUAAAGCAAUUUCCCUUCAGAACAGCAAUGAUAAUGGGUUGCACAAUGUUGAAGGCCUUCCAGCAAAAUCUGAGGAAAGGCUUGAAGGCACCAAACCUGCGCCAGGCUGUAAUGAAGAGAAUGCAAUUGUGCUUUACCAGCCCCCCAGCAAUCAAUCAGAGGAAAAUGCAUCUAGUGUACAGGAGAAUUCAAAAGUUCAACUUGUACAAGUUCUUGAGACACGUAAAUCUGUGCUACAAAAAGAACAAGGCAUGGCUUUUGCACGUGCUGUUGCUGCUGGCUUUGAGAUUGAUAACAUAGCUGCACUGCUUGCUUUUGCUGAAUGUUUUGGGGCAUCACGAAUGAUGGAUGCAUGCAAAAAGUUUUUGGACUUAUGGAAGGCAAAGCAUGAAAGUGGUCAGUGGGUUGAAGUUGAAGCAGCUGAUGCAAUGUCAUGCCGGCCAGACAUGCCUUCUACAAAUGCAGCAGGUAUUGUGUUUCUGAGCCCAAGCGAACAGAAGGAAUUCAAGGAAUCAAGCCCGCAGGGUGAGGAAAAGAAGGGAGUAUCAUGUGUGGCUAAUACAGCAGAUCAAGUACAUUUGAACCCACAUGAGUACAGCCCUGGCCAGUUCCCACAUCCUAUGUACCCACCCUGGCAAAUGCAUCCUCAAGCAAAUGGCAUGCCAGUUUUUCAACCAUAUCCCAUGCAGGGUAUGCCUUACUAUCAGAACUUUAUGGGGCAGAGCCCUUAUUUCCAGCCACCUUAUUCGCCACAUGAUGAUUCAAGAUUACAUUCUGAUCGGAAAACAAGACAGAGAAGGCAUUCAAUGGAUGGCCGAGACAUGAGUGCUGAAUUUGAAACUCAAGAGAUAGAUGCUUCCGGAAAAAUGCAUGAUGAUGUUACAGAUGAUGAAGAUUUAACGAGUACAAAACCCAAGAAUAAAGGUAGCAAGACUUCCAGAAAGAAAACUGUUGUAAUCCGGAACCUUAACUAUAUUACUUCUACGAAGCAAGGCUCUUCAGAUAGUAGUGAUCCACAAUCUUGUUCAGAUUCUGGAACUGAUGAUGAGGGGCAAAUGAAGGUUGAUGAAACCAAAAAAUUGAAAAAGAAAGGAGUCUAUUUGAAGUCGGAUGAUCCACGAAAAGAAAGAGUAUCUGGACAGGCAGGAGAUGAUGGACACUGGCAAGCUUUCCAGAACUUCUUACUAACGGAUGCUGAUGAAAAUAAUAAUUCUGCAAGGAGUAGCAUGUUCGCAAUGGAAGGUAAUGUUCAAGGAAGAAAGCAACAAUCUUCUAUCAAGGAUGACUCGUCUGCUCUUGGAAUGCAUAACAUCGGUAAAAAUCAUGAUGUAGAUAUGGGUGAAAGUGUUGACAUUGCUGGAGAUGCAACCUGCUUGCGGAAACCUAUGGAUGAUCAAAUGCUGAGCUAUGGUCAAGAUCCAAACUUAAGGCAUAAUAGCAAAAGAGAUCUGCAAUUUAUGGAAUCAGGGGGCCGGAGUGGUGGUCAUGGGAGAUCUAUGGAUACGAACCUGGAAUAUGUGCUCAAUAAACAAGAAAAGCUGACAGCUAUGUGGGACCCUUCCCUAGAUCCUGUCAUCAGAAAUGGGUUUCAAGGUCCAUCUCAUACCAAUAAUAAGGGCUCAUCACAUGGCAUGCCGGAUGAGUCUUUCAUGGUCUUGCAAAGAGCAGGUUCGCUAGAUCAAGUUACAGGUGAUGGAAGGACAGCUAUGGAUAUGGAUUGUGAGCUCCCUUCGGUGCUUCACAAGACAGAUGACCACACUUACGAGCCAAAUGUUUUAAAUUUAAUGCCUAAUCGUGCGACGGAGGAUCAGCCUAAUGGUUAUGACCCAGCUAUGUACUGUGAGAUGCAGGCUCAAAUUAAAGAUGCUGCCAAACUGAGUGGUAAGAAGGAAGUUGCUAUGGAUGCCAAAGGAGGGUCAAGGAAGGCAGUCAAAGAUCAAAAGUUAAAGGCUGAGAGAAGAACCUCAGUGGGUACAAGAAGAGAAAAACUUACUAAGUUGAGCCCUGCUGAAGAUGCACGAGCACGCGCAGAAAAACUACGAGCUUAUAAGGCUGAUCUGCAAAAGCUAAAGAAGGAAAAGGAAGAAGAACAAAUGAAAAGAUUAGAAGCAUUAAAGUUAGAGAGGCAAAAGAGAAUUGCUGCUAAAAGUGGCGCCAAUACUGCUCAGUCAACGUUGCCAUCACAACAGGUGAAAAAACACAUGCCCAAGCUUUCUCCUGUCUCUCAGAAAGGCUCAAAAUUUAGUGACACGGAGCCUGGGUCAAGCUCACCAUUACAGAGAUCCACAUUAAGAUUUAUAUCCAAGGUUUCUCCUGAUACCAGUAAAUCUUCCAAGUCAGGGAGAUUAAAUAAUGUAAGUAGUACCAGUACAAAUAGGCUAACUAGGUCAGCUUCAUCACUGAGGUCAAGAAAGGCAGAGAGUACUGGUGCUACACCAGAUUCAAUGGCAGCAGUAUCCAGGAUCAGAAGAUUAUCUGAUCCAAAAGUCACAGUCCAUCGCAUAUCCUCAGGAAAGGCUGGAAGUGCUGAAGUAGUUGCUAGAUAUAAAACACCUGAAAAAAAGAUGCCUGCCACUUCCAUUGAAGACAAAGAAAAGUCUUCCGCUCGUCCAGAAUUGAAGGUUAGAGCAUCCAAAGCAUCCACAGUAACUGCCCAAAGAAAACCUACUAAAGAGAUGUCCCAGAAGUCAAAUGACAAAACACAUUCUAGUGGUCUUGCAAGUGCUAAAGAGAUGUCCCAGAAGUCAAAUGACAAGACACAUUCUAGUGGUCUUGCAAGUGCUAAGGUGAAUAGAGACAGUGCCAAAAUUCCACUUCAUAGGGAUGAUGACAAUACAGUAGUUGAAAAGACAGUUGUAAUGCUUGAAUGUGAGAAACCUUCUGCACCCAUCACCCACGCACCUGAAGACGGUAUGAGCGGCCAAACAAUGCAAUCUCAUGCCUACAAUCAAGUUGGUAAAGCAGAGGAAGAUGCAGCUGUCCCUUUACCAGCUUCACCUAUUAAUGUGAAAGAAGUUGACCGAGAAACAUCAAAUUGUUCUGUUAAGGAGCAAUCUCAUACCUUCUUGGAUGAGACAGAAAAGGUGUCACAAGAUUUGUCCCAAGUUGACACUCGCAAAAAACCAUACCAGCCACCCUAUGCCCGGGUCCCCUCCCUGGAGGAUCCCUGCAUGUCUGAGUCGAUAUAUGGGAAGGCACCACCAACAAGCAUAGAAAUGGAAGGGAAAGCCAUGCAGACAACAAAAGUACAUGUAUCUGAUGCUCAUAAGCCAGGACUUGUUUCAUCAGAAGCUGAUUCAGGGAAAUCGUCAAAAGGUUUUAAAAGGCUGUUGAUGUUUGGAAAGAAGAACUCGACCACAAGUGAACGUAAUAUCGAGUCAGAUAAAGUAACUCUUGAUGGCUCUGCAGCUGAUGAUAGUGCAUUGAAUGGUUCUUCUAGUGAAGCUUUUACCGUGAAGAAUCUUCUGAUUCAAGAGGAGAGCUCAAGUGCUGGUAAUACUCCAAAGAAGUCUUCUCGGCCAUUCUCGUUGCUGUCUCAUUUCCGAAGUAAGAAUAGCGAAAAGAAGUUGGCCACAUGAAAAGGAUGUUGAUCAAUUCUUGGGAUGAAAGUCAUGAUUUUGUUCACUUAAUGAUUCUUCACCGUGAGAAAUCACAGGCCUUUGUCGGAAAUGUUAAUGCCCGAGCUUGUAAAGUUCACAAUCUGUUGCAUGUAUUGCUUUGCGCCUUCGCCCAAUGUAUUGCGACAUGUAGGUAUCUUGUUGUAAAGCCUUGAUAACUAUACAUCUUGAAUAUGAAUGUACAAACCAAACCUAGUUGAUCAUGGUAAUUUCAGAGGAAAGUAUAUUAUUAUUUGCCUAUUA